AUGAAAAAUAGAACUGGCACAACUGAAGGAGCAGUGUGCUCAGGUGUAGGGCCUGGGAUGAGCAGGCAGAGCGAGAACUUCUUAAGCUGGUUUUCAGUCAAGACUCUGAUCGACCGUUCCUGUUUUGAGACUAUAGAUGAUACUUCCCCUGAAUUUAAUAAUUUUGCAGCCAUUCUGGAACAGAUUCUAAGUCAUCGACUGAAAGGUCAGAUCACCUGGUUCGGCUAUGAAAGUCCUCGUAGUUUCUGGGACUACAUUCGAGUAGCUUGCCGAAAAGUCUCUCACAAUUGCAUCUGCAGUAUUGAGAACAUGGAGAAUGUCGGUUCUUCUAGAGCUAAGGGUCGUGCCUGGAUCAGAGUAGCACUUAUGGAAAAGCAUUUGUCUGAAUAUAUUUCCACAGCUCUGAGAGACUUCAAAACAACCAGGAGAUUUUAUGAGGAUGGAGCAAUUGUUCUUGGUGAAGAAGCAAAUAUGCUUGCUGGUAUGCUGUUGGGACUCAAUGCAAUUGAUUUCAGUUUUUGUCUGAAGGGUGAGGGAUUGGAUGGCAGCUUUCCAGCUGUCAUAGAUUAUACACCGUACUUGAAGUUCACACAAAGUUCUGACAGCAUCAGCAGUGAUGAAGAAGAGCUAAGAACGCUGGGCAGUAGUGGCAGUGAAGGCAGCACUCCAGAGAACAUUGGUCCUCCUUUCAUCACAGAUGAAAACAGUUGGUACAACAAAUGCAAAAGGGUAGAACAGAAGUACCGGCUUGCAUUGGAACAGAAGGGUUACCUUGAAGAAUUGGUACGACUCAGAGAAAACCAGCUAUCUGAAUCUGUCUCACAGAAUAAACUGCUGUUACAAAGAAUUGAAGAUAUGGAUCUAGCCCAUAAGAUGGAGAAGGAACAGCUGGAAUAUAUCAUUGUGGAACUGCAAGACCAGUUGACUGUGCUAAAGAAUAAUGACUUGAGAUCAAGACAAGAAUUAACUACUCACCUCACCAAUCAGUGGCCUUCCCCAGGAGCUCUGGAUGUCAAUGCUGUUGCCUUGGACACUCUACUCUAUAGAAAGCACAAUCAACAAUGGGAUGAGAAAAGCUUUCAAAGUCUGGACCAACUUUCAGCAGAAGUUAGUCUUUCUCAGUCCUCUCUGGAUCCAGGUCACUCACAGGAUGGGAAGCAGGAUGGAAUGAAUUUGUUAAAUGAAGGGAAGGAAGACACUCCAUCGUUGCUUGGUCUUUGUGGCUCUCUUACUUCAGUAGCAAGCUACAAAUCUCUCACAAGUCUGAAAUCAAGUGAAUAUCUUGCAAGUCCCACAACAGAGAUGACAAGUCCAGGCUUAACACCAUCUUGA